UCUGUUCGGUUUGUAUCGUUGAAUAAAUCGCGCGCAACUGUCAAAGUGAAAGUAGUUUACAACAACAUGAGUGAGUCGGACGAUAACAAUUUGCCGUCUGCUGCAGAAUGCGACAAAAUAUGUCAGGAAUUCGCUUCUAUUACUGGCACCGACACGGCGCUCGCCAUGUUUUAUCUCCAAGACAGGGAAUGGAGUUUGGAUCGUGCAUUGAAUUCUUAUUUUGAGGAGAGUGCAGCUGGUGGAGUGAACACAGCUUCUGCAUCUGCAUUACAAACAACUACAGUAAUACAAACGAAGAAAAACAAAGAAAAUAAGCCAAACAGCUCAAAUAAAAUACCGGAACAAGCUGGGUCUGGCCUACCAUUCAGGAUUAGAGUUCUCUCGUGGAACAUAGAUGGUUUGGAUAAAGACAGUCUUCGGAGCAGAACACAGGCAGUUUGUGAGACAAUUAAAAGAGAAGACCCUCAUGUUGUGUUUCUACAAGAAGUCGUUGUAGAAACACAGGAGAUCAUACAGGAGUUAUGUCCCUUGUACCACAUGAUCCCUGGAAAUGAGGAGGCUUACUUUGCUGCUAUUCUGGUAAAAAUUGGUGAUGUGCAAGUGGAAGAGACCAAAAUUCUGCCCUUCCCAAACACGGUCAUGUUGAGGAAUUUGAUAUCCUUAAAGUGCAUUGUAAAGGGAGAAAAGUUCGUCAUGAUGACGUCUCACCUCGAGAGCACUAAAGAAUACAGCAAGGAAAGGCAAGAGCAACUCAAGCAGUGUUUCAAGUACAUUGGGGCCAGAGAUAAGGGCUACACUGUGAUCUUUGGUGGGGACUUGAACCUCCGAGAUAAUGAGAUCGACGCAAUCGGCGGAUUACCGGAAAACAUUUACGACAUCUGGGAAAUCACGGGCAAAAGACCGGAAGCUAAAUUCACGUGGGACCUAAUGAGGAACGACAAUCUACGCAUGCCCAAUAGAUUUAAACCGCGCUGCCGCUUCGAUAGGCUUUACAUACGGCACUCUGAACAAAAAGAGGUGAAAGCGGAAUACUUCGAGCUUUGCGGACUGGAGAGACUUCGCAAUGUGCAGAGGUUUUGUUCCGACCACUGGGGCUUGUUGGCCCAUUUUAACAUAUUGUCGAAGAUUCCGAAAUGAUGAUAGUAACCUUUGAGAUUUGUUGGCCCAUCCGGAAGAUAUUGUUGACCUUUGGAACUUGUGCACACAUUUCAACAUGUUGUUGAAGAUUGUGAAUUGAUAAUGGUUACCUUUUUGGUCCAUGUGUAUAAUUUGAAAGACUCCAAAAUGAUGACCGACAUAAAUAUGAAGGUAUUAUCGUUUUGUGAAAGAAAUUGUUAAUAAAUUCCUCUGCCAAAUAGGCAGAUGUAUUGUUAACUA